UCUGGAGUGGACGCCCCUAGCUGAGAGGUCCUCCGGGCAGUAGGAAACCUACGGAAGAUGGUAGCGAUGGCGGCCGGGUCGGUUGGGUCGCUUCGGCCGGCGUUUGCGCUGCGGUUGCUCUUAGCUGCUGUACUUCAAGCGGUGUCUGCGUUCGGGGCAGAGUUUUCAUCAGAGGCUUGCAGAGAGUUGGGCUUCUCCAGCAACUUGCUCUGCAGCUCUUGUGAUCUUCUUGGACAGUUUAACCUGCUUCAGCUGGAUCCUGACUGUAGAGGAUGCUGUCAGGAAGAAGCACAAUUUGAAACUAAAAAGCUUUAUGCAGGAGCUAUUCUUGAAGUUUGUGGAUGAAAAUUGGGGAGGUUCCCUCAAGUCCAAGCUUUUGUCAGGAGUGAUAAACCGAAACUAUUCAGAGGACUACAAAUCAAGUAUGUUCGUGGUUCCGAUCCUGUAUUAAAGCUUUUGGAUGACAACGGGAACAUUGCUGAAGAAUUAAGCAUCCUCAAAUGGAACACAGACAGUGUAGAAGAAUUCCUGAGUGAAAAGUUGGAACGCAUAUAAAUCUUGCUUCAAUUUUGUCCUAUCCUUUUGUUACUUUAUCAGAUGAAAUACUACAGUACCUAGAGAAUAUUUUAGUUUUGCUUCCUUCCUUUGAUCACUUUCUGUGAGGCAUUAAACAUCUCAUUAACAGUGGAAGUGGUAGCACAGCCCGCGGUAUCUGAGGAGUCGGCAAGCUUAACAAAACCCAGUUCUCAUACAUUUCCUUCCUUCCAAUACAUUUCCUUCCUUCCACAUUUGUUGGUACCACUAACGAAAUGCUUCAUAACAGAGUUGGCUAAUUAUGCAAAUGAUAGUUUGUAGUUUGUCCAGUUUUACGAACAACAGAUUUUUAGAUUAGGGAGGUUAAUAAGGGAGAUGCCUACUGUGCCCCAUGCAUGUGCUGUGUGCACUCUGAAAGCACCAGUAAGAACUACAAAGCAAGUAAGAGCCACUGAGCCUCAACAGAUUGCCUGCUUCUCAUUCUCCCGGCUGUCCUUUUAGUAGAAAUGUUAUAGUUCAUAAUGAAUGUGCUACGGUAAAACUUCAUGGCUUCAUUAUUGUAAAACAGAUUCAAGAUCUACAGUAAGAGUGAAACAUUCAGAGAUUUGCAUUAAUGAAGGCUACACAGAAAACCUUCAGGAGGAUUUGUGUGGAUCUGAUAUUUAGCAAAUUUUUGUGCUUCCCACUCUUACAGGAAAAUAAAAAAUGAUCAUUUAAGAUCAAAAUAUAAAUAAA